AUGUUAUCAAUAAUAAGAUAAUAAAAUGAAAACAAUGAUUUGUUUGGACAGAUUCUUGUGCUGCUAAAACAGCUGCUGAUUGCACAACAUUUGAAACUUGAUCAACAUGUGACAGCAAACUAACAUAUGCCAGGAAUAAUAAUCUGUGCGCAACUUUCACGAAAUGUGCUGAUUAUACUGUAACAGAUUCUGCAUAAUGUUUUUCAAUGAAUAUCAACUCCAUGCCAUCAUAUUAUGUAAAUGGAACAUAUCCAUGUAGAGAUUUCCAAAAAUAUUCAGAAUACAAGGAGUCAACUGAUUGUGUAAUGAUGCUGAAAUAU